AGAGGGCGACCUAAAAUUAUCAUUUCCGUAAUAUUGAUCACACGACAACAGUGGCAUUCAACACAAUUUGCAAAGAUGAUGAUGGGUUACAUGCAAGAGAUGACUUUUAAUAUAGACCACGGGUAUCUGGAGGGUCUGUUACGAGGAUUUAAGAGCGGGAUCCUCAAGCAGAGCGAUUAUUUAAACUUGGUUCAGUGUGAAACCUUGGAAGACUUAAAGUUACAUCUACAGAGCACAGACUAUGGAAAUUUUCUGGCUAAUGAACCAAGUCCCCUCACUGUGUCUGUGAUUGAUGACAAAUUAAAGGAGAAGUUAGUUGUAGAGUUUCAGCACUUACGUAAUCAGUGUGUUGAACCAAUGUCAACUUUCCUUGACUAUAUCACGUACAGCUACAUGAUUGACAACAUCAUCCUUCUAAUCACCGGAAUUCUACAUCAACGUCCCAUCAAUGAACUCAUUCCAAAAUGUCACCCACUUGGAAGCUUUGAACAAAUGGAGGCCAUUCAUAUUGCAUCAACUCCAGCAGAGUUAUACAAUGCUGUGCUGGUGGAUACACCUAUUGCUCCUUAUUUCCUUGACUGUAUAUCUGAACAAGAUCUUGAUGAGAUGAACAUUGAAAUCAUCAGAAACACAUUGUACAAGGCUUAUUUGGAGGACUUUUACAGUUUCUGUCGAGAGUUGGGGGGAUCAACUGCAGAAGCCAUGUGUGAAGCUUUGGCUUUUGAGGCUGACAGGAGAGCUUUCAUCAUCACGAUCAACUCGUUUGGGACGGAGCUGACUAAGGAGGACCGGGCCAAGCUGUACCCCCGCUGUGGUGACCUGUACCCCUACGGACUCCAGCUACUGGCCAAGGCUGACGACUACGACCAAGUCAGACAGGUCGCUGACAUCUACGGGAACUACAAGGACUUGUUUGAGGGAAGUGGUACUGGACCAGGGGAGAAAACUCUAGAGGACAAAUUCUUUGAACAAGAGGUAAAAUUCAUGAAGAACUCCUUCAUGCAGCAGUUUCAGUUUGGAGUGUUUUAUGCCUACGUCAAACUAAAGGAGCAAGAGAACAGAAACAUUAUCUGGAUAGCUGAGUGUGUGGCCCAGAGACAUAGGGCAAAGAUAGACAGCUACAUCCCAAUAUUCUGAUCAACCACAGGGACAAGGUUAUAUACUGAUAACAUGGCAGGAGGCCAAAAGGAGGGGUUUAUUGUCAAUUUAUAAGGCUGUGAUUUUCAAAUGACAAAAUGGGUUAAAUUAUCUCUUUGCAUUAUAUAUUUGGUGAGAACUCCUCAAUCAAACCUUUCUGUAACAUCUUUUUAUAUAAAUCUAAGACAUGUCUCAUCUCAGAUUUCACCAUAUAAAGUUAUUGAUUAUAUAUGAGGGUACAAGUUGUUGAAAUCCAAUCCAUUGUUUUUCGGUUGUAACAGUGUUGAUGUAUAUUAAUGCAUGUAAAACUUGUAGACUAUCAACUUCAAUCCCAAUGAAUUACAUACAGUUAGUUGUAGUUUAUUGUUUAGCAAGUAGUAGUAAUACCAGCAGACCAUUUCACAUCAUGUAUAUUCUAGUCAGAAGUUUGAUUUUAAAUGAUAUUUAGAACUGUUAGAAUCAUGAGUGUGAAUAAUGUGCUCAUGACUAUUGAUGUGUAAAUUGUUUAAUGUUUAAAUUCCACCGAGACAGCAUCUGACACAUGACAUUCCUUGUACAAGCCAUGUCUGGGAUAUUUGGCUUAUUGUUUUACUGGAAAAUGUAACCAAGAAUGUUAUUAAAAUUAUUAUCAUUGUA